UCAGUACGUUUUGAGUUGUGCUUCGCGACGGUUGCUGAUCUUUCUCAAGUGCUCCCACGAAUACGAAAUAUGCACGAAUCUGCCCAAUUGAGCAUCUAAGCGAAUAAAACCUAAAAAAAAUUGAGUGGCAAACCCAGCGAUAAUUGUGAUUAAUAACAACAACCAUAACGAGAUCCGAACGAAAAAAAAAUUAAUAACAAUUAAUAUACAUAAACAAGCAAGUGCAACAUUAUUCAUUCCACAAAGUCAGUGAUUACCUCAUCUGUGUGAAAAUCAAACCAACAAAAUGGUAUCAAAAAGCAAUAAAACAAAACAAGUGUCGCAGUCGCAGUCGCAGUCGCCGUCGGCGUCGCAGUCGCCGUCGCAGCCACCGCCAUUAGACACAUCGAGCACAACCAGAUCGGCGUCGGCGUCAGCGACGAAACUGACCAAAAAACUGGGUCCGAAUGCGACGGCAACAUUAACAACCAACACCAGCUCGACAUCAAUGGAGCAUGAAUCUGUCUCGUACGGCGGGGCGCCUGCCACCGCUAGCAGCAGCAGCAGCAGCAGCACCCCCGCCGCUGCCGUCCAGGUGCAGCGGAAAGGUGAAAGUCUGCUGGCAGCCGGUGGGAAAAGCUAUAGUUCGUACACGGCGAAAAGUCAAACGCAAUCACAGUCGCAGCAGUCGAAGCUAUUUAGCAGCAGCAGCACGAGCAGUGCCAAAAUCUCCAAGGAUUACGCAAACGAGAAGAUCAUUGCGUCGAUUGAUCUGCUGGAGAGCGAGAAAAAGGAACCGGUCUUCUCGGUACCGAUCGAGGUGGUCGAAAUCACAACGCCUGGCAUUAUAACGUCCGCCAGCUCUGGCAGCAUAUCCAAAAUGUAUGCGUCCACAUCAAAAAUGUCCAGUAGCCGCCAGGAGGCAAGCAGCUCCAGUUACUACGAGUCGACAACCAGUUCCAGCCAACAGCGCAGCGAUGCCAGCGAAACGCUCAUUGCAAGCGAGAGAGCCGCUACCGGUAUGACAUCAUCGAGCAGUAAAUAUGUUGAUGUGGCCGAACAGGUUGUCACAGAUAGCACCAAUACCAACACGAACACAAACAUUACCAACACCAACACCAGCGAAUCUCAGAGCGUGCCAAAGUCGAAGCUGCGAACAGCUGUGGGUGUCUCCGGCGAUUCGUCAUCGACAACGAUGACGUCGCACGAACCGGUUGUGACCACAACAAACGGCACGACGUCAUCAACGACUGUGCUGAAUGCCUCGCUCGAUAAAGUGGCCAGCAGCAGCAGCAGCAGCAGCACAACAGCUGUGGACAGAGCCACCUCGUCGACGACCAAGUCCAGUAGCCAGCAGGUCAGCAGCGAGGAGAGCACACUGAAACGCAGCAGCACCAAGCAGUCGACAUCUGCCUCGAAAAAGGAGGUGUACGAUGUGAAGACGAAGACCUGGAGCGAGCUUAGCGAUGGCAGCACGCAUGCCAGCAACAAGAAGGUGCCCACAUUUGAGCGUUAUGUGAGCAGGGAUUCCGAUGGCACCACCAAAAUCACAUACAAGAAGAAGAUCUAUGACAGGCGCAACAAUCGAUGGCGCGUGGUGGACGAACGGACCGUGGACAGUGUCAACGAUGUGGGCUAUCCCGAAAUAGUUGAUGAUGUCAUCAAUACAACAACCACAACAUACACGACCAAGGUGUACGACACAAAGCUCGGCAAAUGGACUGUUGUGGACGAGAAAUCGUAUACCGAUACGAAAGCUUUUGUGCCCAAUGACAUUGCCCGUGAAAUCGAGAAAGAUAAUACCGAUGUGGCCAACAUAACGACCACCACGGAGGUGACAAAGAUAUUCGAUGCGAGCAUUAAUGAUUGGCGUGUGCUGGACGAGAAGGUGCACACGGAUGUCAUUGAGAAGAUUGUGGAGACGCCCAAGAAGACCAUAUAUGUGGAUGAGUUUGUCGAAAUCGAGAAGAAUACAUCAAUAUCGGAGAACAAUGAGAAUAUAACGCUGAAUCUGAACGAGACAUCGAAACACAAAAAUAUUACAGAGAAUAUUUAUGAUGAGAUCGAUUAUGUGCGCACCGAUAAGAAACGCUUAGACGAUUCAAGAACCCGCGGAGUCGAUAAAAACAAGACAACAACACACAGUGAGAGGUGCAUCUGUGAGAUAUGUACUUGCGGGCGUCAUCAUUGCUCUACCAGCACAAAGAAAUCUACAGAAACGACAAUUGUGGAAAUAGAUGAUAACGUCGACGAAAGCUUUUCAAGGAUACGUACUAACACAUGGUCUAAGAAAGACGAUAACAUUCCUAAGAACAACGAAGACAUAUUUGUAGACUAUAUAGUGAUAAAAAAACCAGAAGACAAUCUAAAGCCCGAAGGGGAGUUUUUAGUUCCGCAAAAAGAGCCCUACAAGCCCGGCGAAAGACGCGAAAAAAUUAUACACACAGAUAAUCUACGUAUGGAUGGAGAAAUGACGUUUGUCGAAAAAGAGGAAUAUCAAUAUGUGACACGUCCGGGAUACGUAAAACCUACAGACAAUCUGAAGCCAGAGGGCGAAUUUUUCAGUCCUGAAAAACCCAAAUAUCAGCCGGGAGAUCGCCCAAGCCAAGUGCGACACGCGGACAACUUGAAGCCGGAAGGGGACUUUUAUAGUCCAGAAAAAACCGAAUUCCGCCCUGCUGAGCGUCCAUCACAAGUCAGGCCAGAAGAUAAUUUAAGACCCGAAGGCGAAUUUUACACUCCAGAUAAACCUGGAUAUAAGCCAGCUGAACGGCCAACUCAAAAGAAACCUGUGGACAAUCUAAAGCCUGAAGGCGAGUUCCUAACACCUGACAAACCAGUUUUCCGGCCAGCAGAAAAAACGGAAAAGGUAAUCAGAAAAGAUAACCUGCGUACCGAAGGGGAAAUGACAUUUGUGGUGAAGGAAGAGUAUCAGUAUGUAGUUCGUCCUGAGCAGGUUAAGCCAACAGAUAAUCUAAAGCCUGAAGGCGAAUUCUACAGUCCCGAAAAACCGAAGUUCCGACCUGGCGAGCGUCCAUCUCAAGUCCGGCCGGAGGAUAACUUAAAACCAGAGGGAGAUUUCUACACUCCAGAUAAACCCGGAUAUAGACCAGCUGAGCGUCCAGAGCAGGUUAGGCCUACGGAUAAUCUAAAACCUGAAGGCGAAUUCUACAGUCCAGAAAAGUCAAAGUAUCGCCCAGGUGAGCGUCCAUCUCAAGUCAGACCAGAAGAUAACCUGAAACCAGAGGGCGAGUUCUACACUCCAGAUAAACCAGGAUACAAGCCAGCCGAACGUCCAGAGCAGGUCAGACCAACGGAUAAUCUUAAGCCUGAAGGCGAAUUCUACAGCUCCGAAAAGCCGAAGUUCCGUCCUGGUGAACGUCCCUCGCAAGUCAGACCUGAGGAUAACCUGAAACCAGAGGGCGAGUUCUACACUCCCGAUAAACCUGGAUAUAGGCCUGCUGAGCGGCCAGUUCAAAAGAGGCCCGUGGAUAAUCUUAAACCUGAGGGCGAGUUUGUGGCGCCAGAAAAGCAAGUGUUCCGGCCAGCUGAGAAAACAGAAAGAAUCAUCAGAAAGGAUAACUUACGUACCGAAGGGGAAAUGACAUUUGUGGAAAAAGAAGAGUAUCAGUAUGUAGUUCGUCCUGAACAGGUUAAACCAACAGAUAAUCUUAAGCCUGAAGGCGACUUCUACACACCCGAUAAACCCGGAUACAGACCAGCGGAACGUCCAGAGCAGGUCAGACCGACGGAUAACCUUAAGCCUGAAGGCGAAUUCUACAGUCCAGAAAAGCCGAAGUUCCGCCCAGGUGAGCGUCCAUCUCAAGUCAGACCAGAGGAUAACUUGAAACCAGAGGGCGAAUUCUACACUCCCGAUAAACCCGGAUACAGGCCAGCCGAACGUCCGGAGCAGGUUAGGCCAACAGAUAAUCUAAAACCUGAAGGCGAAUUCUACAGUCCAGAAAAGCCGAAGUUCCGCCCAGGUGAGCGUCCAUCUCAAGUCAGACCAGAGGAUAACUUGAAACCAGAGGGCGAAUUCUACACUCCCGAUAAACCUGGAUACAGGCCAGCCGAGCGUCCAGAGCAGGUCAGACCGACGGAUAACCUUAAGCCUGAAGGCGAAUUCUACAGUCCAGAAAAGCCGAAGUUCCGUCCAGGUGAGCGUCCAUCUCAAGUCAGACCAGAGGAUAACCUGAAACCAGAGGGCGAGUUCUACACUCCAGAUAAACCAGGAUACAAGCCAGCCGAACGUCCAGAGCAGGUCAGACCAACGGAUAAUCUUAAGCCUGAAGGCGAAUUCUACAGCCCCGAAAAGCCGAAGUUCCGUCCUGGUGAACGUCCCUCGCAAGUCAGACCUGAGGAUAACCUGAAACCAGAGGGCGAGUUCUACACUCCCGAUAAACCUGGAUAUAGGCCUGCUGAGCGGCCAGUUCAAAAGAGGCCCGUGGAUAAUCUUAAACCUGAGGGCGAGUUUGUGGCGCCAGAAAAGCAAGUGUUCCGGACAGCUGAGAAAACAGAAAGAAUCAUCAGAAAGGAUAACUUACGUACCGAAGGGGAAAUGACAUUUGUGGAGAAGGAAGAGUAUCAGUAUGUAGUUCGUCCUGAACAGGUGAAGCCAACAGAUAAUCUUAAGCCUGAAGGCGACUUCUACACUCCCGAUAAACCUGGAUACAGACCAGCCGAGCGUCCAGAGCAGGUUAGACCGACGGAUAAUCUUAAGCCUGAAGGCGAAUUCUAUAGUCCCGAAAAACCGAAGUUCCGCCCAGGUGAGCGUCCAUCUCAAGUCAGACCAGAAGAUAACUUGAAACCAGAGGGCGAGUUCUACACACCGGAUAAACCCGGAUACAGGCCAGCCGAACGUCCGGAGCAGGUUAGGCCAACAGAUAAUCUUAAACCUGAAGGCGAAUUCUACAGUCCAGAAAAGCCGAAGUUCCGUCCAGGCGAGCGUCCCUCGCAAGUCAGACCUGAGGAUAACCUGAAACCAGAGGGCGAGUUCUACACACCCGAUAAACCCGGAUACAAGCCAGCCGAACGUCCAGAGCAGGUUAGGCCUACGGAUAAUCUUAAACCUGAAGGUGAAUUUUAUAGUCCAGAAAAGCCGAAGUACCGUCCAGGUGAGCGUCCAUCUCAAGUCAGACCAGAAGAUAACUUGAAACCAGAGGGCGAAUUCUACACUCCCGAUAAACCUGGAUACAGACCAGCGGAACGUCCAGAGCAGGUUAGGCCUACAGAUAAUCUUAAACCUGAAGGCGAAUUCUACAGUCCCGAAAAGCCGAAGUUCCGCCCAGGUGAGCGUCCAUCUCAAGUCAGACCAGAGGAUAACCUGAAACCAGAGGGCGAGUUCUACACUCCCGAAAAACCUGGAUACAGGCCAGCCGAGCGUCCAGAGCAGGUCAGACCGACGGAUAACCUUAAGCCUGAAGGCGAAUUCUACAGUCCAGAAAAGCCGAAGUUCCGCCCAGGUGAGCGUCCAUCUCAAGUCAGACCAGAGGAUAACCUGAAACCAGAAGGCGAGUUCUACACUCCCGAUAAACCUGGAUAUAGGCCAGCUGAGCGGCCAGUUCAAAAGAGGCCGGUGGAUAACCUUAAACCUGAGGGCGAGUUUGUGGCGCCAGAAAAGCAAGUGUUCCGGCCAGCUGAGAAAACAGAAAGAAUCAUCCGAAAGGAUAACUUACGUACCGAAGGGGAAAUGACUUUUGUGGAGAAGGAAGAGUAUCAGUAUGUACUUCGUCCUGAACAGGUUAAGCCAACAGAUAAUCUUAAGCCUGAAGGCGACUUCUACACUCCCGAUAAACCUCGAUACAGACCAGCCGAGCGUCCAGAGCAGGUCAGACCGACGGAUAAUCUUAAGCCAGAAGGCGAAUUCUAUAGCCCCGAAAAGCCAAAAUUCCGUCCUGGUGAACGUCCAUCUCAAGUCAGACCAGAGGAUAACCUGAAACCAGAGGGCGAGUUCUACACUCCCGAUAAACCCGGAUACAGACCAGCGGAACGUCCAGAGCAGGUUAGGCCUACGGAUAAUCUUAAGCCUGAAGGCGAAUUCUACAGUCCAGAAAAGCCGAAGUUCCGUCCAGGUGAGCGUCCAUCUCAAGUCAGACCAGAGGAUAACUUGAAACCAGAGGGCGAGUUCUACACACCGGAUAAACCCGGAUACAGGCCAGCCGAACGUCCGGAGCAGGUUAGGCCAACAGAUAAUCUUAAACCUGAAGGCGAAUUCUACAGUCCAGAAAAGCCGAAGUUCCGUCCAGGUGAGCGUCCAUCUCAAGUCAGACCAGAGGAUAACCUGAAACCAGAGGGCGAGUUCUACACUCCCGAUAAACCUGGAUAUAGGCCAGCUGAGCGGCCAGUUCAAAAGAGGCCCGUGGAUAAUCUUAAACCUGAGGGCGAGUUUGUGGCGCCAGAAAAGCAAGUGUUCCGGCCAGCUGAGAAAACAGAAAGAAUCAUCCGAAAGGAUAACUUACGUACCGAAGGGGAAAUGACUUUUGUGGAGAAGGAAGAGUAUCAGUAUGUAGUUCGUCCUGAACAGGUUAAGCCAACAGAUAAUCUUAAGCCUGAAGGCGAGUUCUACACACCCGAUAAACCCGGAUACAGGCCAGCCGAACGUCCAGAGCAGGUUAGGCCUACGGAUAAUCUUAAACCUGAAGGCGAAUUCUAUAGUCCAGAAAAGCCGAAGUUCCGCCCAGGUGAGCGUCCAUCUCAAGUCAGACCAGAGGAUAACCUGAAACCAGAGGGCGAGUUCUACACUCCCGAUAAACCUGGAUACAGGCCAGCCGAGCGUCCAGAGCAGGUUAGGCCUACGGAUAAUCUUAAACCUGAAGGCGAAUUUUAUAGUCCAGAAAAGCCGAAGUUCCGCCCAGGUGAGCGUCCAUCUCAAGUCAGACCAGAAGAUAACCUGAAACCAGAGGGCGAGUUCUACACUCCAGAUAAACCAGGAUUCAGGCCAGCCGAACGUCCAGAGCAGGUCAGACCAACGGAUAAUCUUAAGCCUGAAGGUGAAUUUUAUAGUCCAGAAAAGCCGAAGUACCGUCCAGGUGAGCGUCCAUCUCAAGUCAGACCAGAGGAUAACCUGAAACCAGAGGGCGAGUUCUACACUCCCGAUAAACCUGGAUAUAGGCCAGCUGAGCGGCCAGUUCAAAAGAGGCCCGUGGAUAAUCUUAAACCUGAGGGCGAGUUUGUGGCGCCAGAAAAGCAAGUGUUCCGGCCAGCUGAGAAAACAGAAAGAAUCAUCCGAAAGGAUAACUUACGUACCGAAGGGGAAAUGACUUUUGUGGAGAAGGAAGAGUAUCAGUAUGUACUUCGUCCUGAACAGGUUAAGCCAACAGAUAAUCUUAAGCCUGAAGGCGAGUUCUACACACCCGAUAAACCCGGAUACAGGCCAGCCGAACGUCCAGAGCAGGUUAGGCCUACGGAUAAUCUUAAACCUGAAGGCGAAUUCUAUAGUCCAGAAAAGCCGAAGUUCCGCCCAGGUGAGCGUCCAUCUCAAGUCAGACCAGAGGAUAACCUGAAACCAGAGGGCGAGUUCUACACUCCCGAUAAACCUGGAUACAGGCCAGCCGAGCGUCCAGAGCAGGUUAGGCCUACGGAUAAUCUUAAACCUGAAGGCGAAUUUUAUAGUCCAGAAAAGCCGAUGUUCCGCCCAGGUGAGCGUCCAUCUCAAGUCAGACCAGAAGAUAACCUGAAACCAGAGGGCGAGUUCUACACUCCAGAUAAACCAGGAUUCAGGCCAGCCGAACGUCCAGAGCAGGUCAGACCAACGGAUAAUCUUAAGCCUGAAGGUGAAUUUUAUAGUCCAGAAAAGCCGAAGUACCGUCCAGGUGAGCGUCCAUCUCAAGUCAGACCAGAGGAUAACCUGAAACCAGAGGGCGAGUUCUACACUCCCGAUAAACCUGGAUAUAGGCCAGCUGAGCGGCCAGUUCAAAAGAGGCCCGUGGAUAAUCUUAAACCUGAGGGCGAGUUUGUGGCGCCAGAAAAGCAAGUGUUCCGGCCAGCUGAGAAAACAGAAAGAAUCAUCCGAAAGGAUAACUUACGUACCGAAGGGGAAAUGACUUUUGUGGAGAAGGAAGAGUAUCAGUAUGUACUUCGUCCUGAACAGGUUAAGCCAACAGAUAAUCUUAAGCCUGAAGGCGAGUUCUACACACCCGAUAAACCCGGAUACAGGCCAGCCGAACGUCCAGAGCAGGUUAGGCCUACGGAUAAUCUUAAACCUGAAGGCGAAUUCUAUAGUCCAGAAAAGCCGAAGUUCCGCCCAGGUGAGCGUCCAUCUCAAGUCAGACCAGAGGAUAACCUGAAACCAGAGGGCGAGUUCUACACUCCCGAUAAACCUGGAUACAGGCCAGCCGAGCGUCCAGAGCAGGUUAGGCCUACGGAUAAUCUUAAACCUGAAGGCGAAUUUUAUAGUCCAGAAAAGCCGAAGUUCCGCCCAGGUGAGCGUCCAUCUCAAGUCAGGCCAGAGGAUAACCUGAAACCAGAGGGCGAGUUCUACACUCCCGAUAAACCAGGAUUCAGGCCAGCCGAACGUCCAGAGCAGGUCAGACCAACGGAUAAUCUUAAGCCUGAAGGUGAAUUUUAUAGUCCAGAAAAGCCGAAGUACCGUCCAGGUGAGCGUCCAUCUCAAGUCAGACCAGAGGAUAACCUGAAACCAGAGGGCGAGUUCUACACUCCCGAUAAACCUGGAUACAGGCCAGCCGAGCGUCCAGAGCAGGUUAGGCCUACGGAUAAUCUUAAACCUGAAGGCGAAUUUUAUAGUCCAGAAAAGCCGAAGUUCCGCCCAGGUGAGCGUCCAUCUCAAGUCAGACCAGAGGAUAACCUGAAACCAGAGGGCGAGUUCUACACUCCCGAUAAACCUGGAUAUCGUCCCGCAGAGCGGCCAGUUCAAAAGAGGCCCGUGGACAAUCUUAAACCUGAGGGCGAGUUUGUGGCGCCUGAAAAGCAAGUGUUCCGACCGGCAGAAAAAACGGAAAAGGUCAUCCGAAAGGAUAACUUGCGUACCGAGGGUGAAAUGACGUUUGUGGAAAAGAAAGAGUACCAAUAUGUUGUUCGUCCUGAGCAGGUGAAGCCGACGGAUAAUCUUAAGCCUGAAGGCGAAUUCUACAGUCCCGAAAAGCCGAAGUUCCGCCCAGGUGAGCGUCCCUCGCAAGUCAGACCUGAGGAUAACCUGAAACCAGAGGGCGAGUUCUACACUCCCGAUAAACCUGGAUAUCGUCCCGCAGAGCGGCCAGUUCAAAAGAGGCCCGUGGACAAUCUUAAACCUGAGGGCGAGUUUGUGGCGCCUGAAAAGCAAGUGUUCCGACCGGCAGAAAAAACGGAAAAGGUCAUCCGAAAGGAUAACUUGCGUACCGAGGGUGAAAUGACGUUUGUGGAAAAGAAAGAGUACCAAUAUGUUGUUCGUCCUGAACAGGUGAAGCCGACGGAUAAUCUUAAGCCUGAAGGCGAAUUCUACAGUCCCGAAAAGCCGCAGUUCCGCCCAGGUGAGCGUCCCUCGCAAGUCAGGCCAGAGGAUAACCUGAAACCAGAGGGCGAGUUCUAUACUCCAGAGAAACCUAGAUAUAAGCCCGUUGAAAGACCUAAGCAGAAGAAACCACAAGAUAAUUUAAAACCUUUGGAAGGUGUUAUGUUUACUCCGGAAAAACCCAAAUACCAGCCAGCAGAUCGACCUGAGCAAAAGAAACAUGUAGAUAACUUGAAGCCUGAGGGCCAAAUGUAUAUUCCAGAAAAAGAAUCAUUUAAACCAGCUGAAAAGGUGAAAACAAUUAUAAGAAAGGACAACUUAAAGACCGAGGGGUCAAUGACGUUCACUAAAAAAGAAGACUAUCGUCACGUUAAGCGACCCGAGCAAGUGAAGCCAAGCGAUAACUUAAGGUCUGAAGGAGAAUUCUAUACGCCGGAGAAGACGACCUUCAAGCCUGCAGAACGACCAAUUCAAAAGAAACCUAAGGACAACUUGAAGACAGAAGGUGAAUUUUACAAAAGAACUGAUAGAACUGAAACCGAUAGCAAAACGGUAAUAGAGAAGCGAGAGCCUGCCAAGCGACCGGUAGAUAACUUAAAGUUAGAAGGUUCCAUGACAGUGACUAGAAAGGAUGAUUACAAAUCAACCACUAAUAAAACCGCCGUCGACCGAGUUCAGCGUACACAGAAAUACAAGCACAACAGUUCAUCCAUCAGCUUGGGUAGCGAUACUACAAUACUAAAGACAACGAACCAGAUGAACUUUGUGUCCGGCAAGGAUGCAAUAAAGCAAGUGGAUUCCAACAGCCAAGCCCCGGUAGAUGGCCUGAUUAUUGUUUCAACGAAAAAGGUAACAACUGUUGUCGGUGGCCGAACCAAAAAGGAGCCAGAAACCGAAUAUGUGAAGCGACCAGCUAAAAUAAAUGUUAUUGAAAAUGUGUCCAAAAAUACGACCACAACAAAUAUUGAAAACACACAAAACGUACACAAGGAAACAACGUCGAUGCAAAGAAAUCUCAAUGUUGUGGAGAAGAGUGCACUCAAAACAGAGCAAAUCCGUGGCUCAACGGAUGACAGCAGCGCCCUUCAGACCUCCACAACAACAAGACGAACAAACCAAGGUGGCACGUCGAUCAACAACGUGACCGAAACUGGAGGCACAACACAUCAUGUAGUUUCAUCAGGCAGAACAGAUACCAACAACUUGACAGCAUCUGAAGGGUCAACAACUCACGUAGUCUCGGGCAGGACAGUUACCAGGAACGUGACCGAAACUGGAGGAUCUACGGCUCGCAUAGUCUCAGGCAGGCUAGUUACCAGGAAUGCAACUGAAACCGAAGGUUCAACAUCCCAUAUAGUCUCGGGCAACACAGCUACGAAUAAUGUUAGCAAUGGAUCCACGUCCCAUGUGGUCGGUGGCAGCAGCUCGGUGACCAACAACACGACCAGCAGCUCAACUUCGCAUAUGAGCUCAUCGAAGCAUUUCCAUCACAGAAAGAGCGAGUUUUCCUCGGAGGCUGAUGUGUCUAACUCGGUAUUCCAUCGCAAGAACGUGACAUCCGACUCGAGUGCGGUCAACGGCAGUCUAACCUCUAACGGAAAAAUGCAGCGCAAGAGUAUUCUGAACCUGCACGAGCAGGUGCCGAGUAGCAAUGUCCAUUCGAGUGAUCGCCAGAGCUAUAGUAGCAUCCAUCGUCAGAAUCGGGAAUCGGAUUUGAAUACUGGCUACGCCACGGAUCGUCGCAGUUGCAGCAUACACAAGGAAAACAAGGAACAUCAAAUUAAGACCUCCUCGUCUUCCUCAUCCAUGUCGCGCAUCAUAUCCGGUGCUGAUACCAACAAAUCGAACCUGGAGAGAUCGACGGUCACCCGUACAUACGCAUCGGGCGGCAUUGAUUUUCCAUCCCAAUCUCAGAGCGAGCGUCUUGUGACACGUCAUCGCAGCGCUGGUAGCCAGCAUUUGUCCAGCGGCAUCGAUUUCCCCUCCUCAUCCGCCUACAAUGCCCAUGGCCAGAGCGAACGGAUUGUGACCUCGCGUCGCGGCAAUCAAUCCUCGAUUAGUCUGGGCAACGACAAGUUUACCGGCUCCAGUCUCUACAAGAGCGAAUACAUAACUGCCCCAACAACAACAACCUGUGCUGUGCAUAAGAUUAAACAAGGUGCAUUCCAACAUACCAGAAGUACUCACGAUCAUAAAUUUUAUAAAACCUCUAACUGAAUAAUACAUGAAAUCGUCUGAACGUACGUCUUGUCUUGUCUUCAUAACAUAUCACGUAGCGCCUAAGCUUCCAUGACAAUAUUUUUUUAUACAAUAACUAAUUACCUGAAAAGAAAAAAAAAACAAAAUAUUCAAUUUUAAGAUUAACCAAUAAAGAGCAUAUCAUUUUUGUCAAAAAAA